CUGGGCCAAGAGGGAGCGACGGGAUAACACGCAUUAUUAUUAUUGAAUUUCCAUCGAAGCUUUCGGACAAACCCCCAAUUACUGGGCAAUCAUGGGGAGGCGGUGUGAGACAGUGCUCCUGUCCCUUCUCAUUAUGUCUCUCCUGACUACUGAAUUGACAUGGGCUAAAAGGGGUAGCAGCAGCAGCAGCAGCAGGACCAGCACCAGGACCUCAUCUACCAGCAACAAGGGGACACAAUCUAAACCUGGAAGCACUUCCAACCGAAACACCAAUCCUUAUCCUUCUGGUGGAAGCUACCCUUAUCCGGGAGCAGGCAAUACAAAUCAAGGAGGAUAUCCCAAACAAAAACCAGCCAAUAAUCCAGGAGUCGGUAGUAACCCCAACCAGAAUGCUGGUAGAGUAAACCCUGGAGGUUAUCCAAACCAGAACCCUGCUGGCGGCUAUCCAAACCAGAACCCUGCUGGCGGCUAUCCAAACCAGAACCCUGCUGGCGGCUAUCCAGCUGCAGGUGGUUAUCCUGCUGCUGGAGGUUAUCCCAACCAAAACCCAGCGAGAGGGAAUUAUCCAAAUCAAUAUCCACCUGCUGGAGGCUACCCAGCAGCAGGAGGCUACCCAGCAGCAGGUGGAUACCCAGCAGCAGGUGGAUACCCAGCAGCAGGAGGCUAUCCUAACCGGAACCCAGCUGCAGGAGGCUACCCAGCUGCAGGAGGCUACCCAGCAGCAGGAGGCUACCCAGCAGCAGGAGGCUACCCAGCAGCAGGAGGCUAUCCUAACCGGUACCCAGCUGCAGGAGGCUACCCAGCUGCAGGAGGCUAUCCUAACCAGUACCCAGGGGGUGGUUAUCCAGUCAGAGGGGGAAAUACAGGACAGGGUUGGGGUGCGCCUGCUGCGAAUCCAGCGGGGGGUUACGCGGGUGGUUACCCAGGUGGUUACCCCAACUGGAACCCAAACAAUAAGAUUCUCAGUCCCCGCUUUGGUGGAGGAGGCUAUGGAUAUGGUGGUCAUGGGAUGGGAGGCUCUCCUUUCUCUCGUUCUGUGGAGACUAUGGGAUACAAACCCAAGUCUUCAGGUUUUGCCAAGAAAGCUGUGUUGGCUGCAGGUGUUGGUGCUGUGGCUGGAAUGGCUGUUGGGUAUGGACUGGGGCGUUUCCCUCGACCACAUUUCAAUUUCCGCAGUCCUGAAGAAGAGUACUACUACAACAACUACAUGUAUCGUCGUUAUGGCACCAAAUCCACCGAUCAAAAGGACUUUGGUCGUGACUACGAGUACAAGCCUCCACCACGGGCAGAGUCUUAUGAAAAAUUCAUGGAUUCCUGUAUGAACAGGACUGUCCCUCUUAAAGAUCAGGGCACCAGCUCUCCUUCUAAUAACAGUCAGAGUGGAGGCGACAAAGAGGAUGAUGACACCGUCAGCAUUGAGGAGAUUGGAUACCCUGCCUUAAUUGAGCAAAUGAAGGCCCGGCGUUGUGUUGAGCAGUACAUGGUCUACUCCGAGCGUUUCCUCCAGGAACGAAAAGCGGAGCCACAGUACCAGCCAAGUCGCAGCAGUCCCCUGAGCUAUGGGAUGAUUCAGCUUUUCUCAUCCCUCCUGAUGCUUGUGUUCAGCAUGCUCCUGCUCCAGUGAGAAUAAUAAUCUUUACUUUCAUCACAUCCUGUGUGGAUCCUAUGUCCUUUAUUAUACCUGCACAUCCCCAUAGUGCUAACCUAAAUCUUCUCCAUCACACUAACAAUUGAGGUAUGCUUUCAAGAUCUUUGGGUUAAUAUCACCAGAGAAAACCCACAAAAGGUUACAAAAUGUUGGCGUGUACAUAUUAAGUAAAUGAAUACAUUUUAAGAGGAGUUGGAUUUUAAAGUUAAACUAUCAGAUUUAUGUUGUACAAGCUGCACUACUUUUUUUUUUUCAAGAAUUCAUUUUGCACCUCUGUUAUUUGCACUUUUUCAAUCCUCAUUAUUAAGCACUGAAUGCAUAGAGACAUGUUCAGGUUAUUUUAUUUCAGUUUUUGUGGAAAUGUAUUACGUCAAUAUAUAUCUACUACUGUGUAAAAUAGGAAUGUGACACUAAGAAUUUUAUAUAUGUACAGAAACAUCCAACUAACACCAUAACAUCAUCCAUCCACCCUUUCAUCUGUACUGAACAAUCUAACUGGCUGAUUUUCCAGUAGCUUUAAUAUGCUUAAAUGGAAGGAACUUUAAUUUUCAGUGUUUUUCAGCUUUUAAGGAAACUGAACUGAUUAAAAGUGGACUUUCAGAGCAGAUUUCCAGAUUGUAGCAAAGGAUGUACUGUGAUGUUUGGAAAAGGGAACUAAAUAAGACAUAAUUGCUUCAGUUGGUUUUCAGACACCUAUUGUUUCUAAGGGCGCCUCAUUAAUGGACUUAAAGAUGAAAAGGGACACCCCGCCACACCC